AUGCUCACUUAUAGAAGAUCUGAUCAUCUAGAUGUGGUUGGAUAUUCAGAUUCAAAUUAUGCUAGUUGUGUGGAUACAAGAAAAUUCACAUUUGGAUAUUUAUUUCUGUUAGCUGGAGGAGCACUAUUAUGGAAGAGUGCGAAACAGCCUGUUAUAGCUACAUCCACUAUGGAAGCUGAGUUUGUGGCAUGUUUUGAGGCCACAGUCCAGGUGUCAUUUUCUGCUCUUCGCAAGGACGUUGUCAACAUUCUUGAUAUCAUGGAGAGGUUAAAGAAUGAAGAAGAUCAAAAAGAUGUUGACAUCGACAAUCAAAUUGAAAACCUGAAAUUUAUGCUAACAUUUAUAUGUACGCACGUCCAACUUUCGUAUUCCGGUUUGGAGCAGUUUCAAGCUACAGCGAAUGCUCCAACAGAAGUGGUUGAGAAUCUGUUUCGACCAAUAUGGGAUGAUGUUGAAAACUACUUCAGGUGUAAAUACAACAUGAAUCAAGUCCUUCGUAGCCUCAUGGAUAAUAUCGAUGAUUGUAUCAGCUCAUGGCAUUAUUCUAAAUCAAGUGUCAUCAUGAGUGAGGAGCAAUUGGACUUCCUCCUCCUGAAUCUCCAUCACGUAUACAAAUUUCUUGCUGAGAAUAAGUUUCCAUUAGUGACAGAGUAUCAGAUUCUUCGGAAUGUGUGUGACGACAUGAAAGAUUUCUAUAGGAUGAUAGUGAAUGGUUGUGUUGAGCACGAGAUUGUUGAAUAUGUGUUACCUCAACUUCAACCAAUGGCUGAGAGACUUGGACUCUUCCUUUUGGAUGUGCUAAUUAAUAAAGACGCCGGAGUCCUCAAGCUAGUGCAUCUAUUGUUGAAUAUUAUUCCAAUUGAACUGGAGGUGAUGCACAUAUGUUUUACAAAUUUGAAUGCUUUAACUUCUGUGGAAAAUGGACGCUUCAUUAAGCAGCUCCUGGAAACCUCCCCAGACAUUCUUAGAGAAUAUCUUAUUCAUCUACAAGAGCACAUGGUAAAUGUCAUUGCCGGUAGCACUUCAGGGGCUCGAGACAUUCAUGUCAAGAUAGAGUUCUUAUUAAUUAUUCUUACUGAUGUUUUUCAUGUGUUGGACUUUAUUCAUCAUGACAAAUUAUUUUAUCUUUUGGCACGUUUUGGAACACUUACCAGGGAAGUGUCAAUUCUUGUUCGAGAAUUAGAAAAGAACUCAAGGAAUGAAGAGAAUACCAAUGGAACAACUCGUGCUAAUCUACACUUGCUGGAAAAUAUAGAACUCCUCAAGGAUGAUCUCAAACAGGUUUAUCUGAAAGCCCCAGACUCAUCUCAAUGCUACUUUCCCAUGAGUUAUGGACCUCUCUUCAUGCAUUUGCUACACAGACACUUAAAUGAUUUGCUAGAUUCCAAUGCUUAUUCAAUUGUUUUGAUAAAAGAAGAAAUUGGGCUGGUGAGAGAAGAUCUAGAAUUCAUAACAUCUUCCUUUGAGAACAUUGAUCACAGAUUGUAUAAAGAUCUCUGGGAACGUGUUUUAGAUGUAGCGUAUGAGGCAAAAGAUGUCAUUGAUUCCAUUAUUGUUCGAGAUAAUGGUCUCUUACAUCUUAUUUUCUCACUUCCCCUUACCAUAAAGAAGAUCAAGCUUAUCAAAGAAGAGGUCUCCGAUUUACAUGAGAAGAUUCCCAAGAACAGAGGCCUCAUUGUUGUAAACUAUCCCAAGAAGCUAGUUGAAAGCAAGUCAUUGACAUCUGGUAAAAUAACUGUAGGUUUUGAGGAGGAGACACACUGGAUAAUCAAUAAGCUCACCAGCGGACUGAAAGAUCUAGAUGUCAUUUCUAUCACUGGUAUGCCAGGUUCAGGUAAAACUACUUUGGCGUACAUAGUAUACAACGAUGAGUCAAUUUCUAGAUGUUUUGACAUUCGUGCAUGGUGCACAGUUGGCCAAGAAUACGACAAAAAAAAGUUGUUGGAGAAAGUUUAUAAUCAAGUUACUGGCUCAGAUUCAAAAUUGAGUGAGAAUAUUGAUGUUACUGAUGACCUAAGAAGACACCUGAUUGGCAAGAGGUAUCUUAUUUUCUUAGAUAACUUGUGGGAUACUGAUGCAUGGGAUAAGUUAAAAAGACCCUUUCCUCUGGGUGAGAAUGGAAGUAGAAUGAUUUUGACAACUAGGAAAAUGGAAGUGGCUUUGAAUGUAAAGUGCAACAUUGAUCCUCUUAAGCUCCGGUUGCUAAGAUCAGAAGAAAGUUGGGAAUUAUUAGAGAAAAGGGCAUUUGGAGAAGAGAGUUGCCCAGAUGAACUAUUGGAUGUUGGAAAAGAAAUAGCCAAAAAUUGUAAGGGACUUCCAUUGGUGGCUGAUCUGAUUGCUGGAGUCAUUGCAGGGCGGGAAAAGAAAAAGACUGUGUGGCUUGAAAUUAGAAACAAUUUGAAUUCCUAUAUUUUUGACAGUGAAGUUGAUGUGAUGAAGGUUAUAGCAUUAAGUUAUGACCAUUUACCACAUCACCUGAAGCCAUGCUUUCUAUACCUUGCAAGUGUUCCGAAGUCUUCUGGGUUGAAAGUUAAUUGGCCUGCUCAAGGACUUGUGGAGCAGACAGAGAUGAAAGCAUGGUUUAUUUUGACAAUUUGA